AUGUCCAACCCUAAGUAUCCCUCAUACCAUGUCCGCAGCAAGCUCUACAUCUCGCACUUUCUCUCAACAUGGAAUUCUCGCCUGUUCGAGUUUGGUGCUGUCCUGUUCAUCUCUACUAUAUUUCCUGGUACCUUGUUUCCUGCUUCUAUCUAUGCUUUGAUUCGCUCUGCCUCCGUCGUCGUCUUUUCGACCUUGAUCGGUCGUCUGAUUGACCGUUCCGAACGCAUGCAUUUGAUCCGCGUGUCAAUCAUUGGCCAAAGAACAGCAACGGCAGCAUCAUGUGUCUUGCUCUGGCUCUUGUUGUACUUUCGAUACAGUUCCCUGAACUCCUGGUCUGCAAACGCUACUUUGGCAUUUCUGUCUCUUCUUGCCUGCGUCGAGAAGCUUUCAUCUGUGGUCAACACCAUAUCUGUCGAACGUGACUGGGUCGUUGUCAUAUCGCAGGGAAACACUGAUGACCUACAAGUUGCUGGGUUUUCCACCAGCAUCGCUAUUCUCAUCACAUUAUCCAUGACCGUUAUCUCUGUCUUUGUCGAAUACUACGCUAUCGCCAGGGUAUACUACGAAGUAUACGACCUUCAAAUCCGUCCCGCACCCUCACAAGUUUCACAGUCGACAGACAGUCCAUCAGCCUCUCUAGGCGCCGGUCGCCGUGCCCGCCAAACCUUCCGAAACUGUAUCUCCUACAUUCAACAUCCAACCUUCCUCCCAUCAUUCUCCUUAUCACUACUCUACCUCACCGUGUUGACCUUUGGAGGCCAGAUGGUAACAUACCUCCUCUCAGUCGGCUUCAGCUCCAUCUCCAUCGGUCUCUUACGCACCGUAUCCACUAUAUUCGAGCUUUNNUCUUCCACAUGGCUUGCGCCCAAAGCUAUGCAUAAGAUCGGCGCCAUCAGAUGUGGAAUAUGGUUUCUCAACUGGCAGAUUGUAUGGGUUGUGAUUGCAGUCACUAUGCUUUGGAUCGAGGUGCCUCAAAAUUAUGCUGUUGCUGUUGAAUCUGAUCAAAGAGGCUCUUUCUCUGCUAUGGAAGCAUCGGUGCAAAACACAUUUGAGCUACUGUCCUUCGCCUCGACUGCUAUUUCCGCUCGACCUGAUCAGUUCAGGGUUCCUGCUGCGGUUAGUGCGACAGCUGUUAUGCUUGCUGGAUUGAUGUAUGCUUCUUUCGUUCGCCAGCGAAGAGGCCAUCUGUUCCAUGCUUCGAAGUGUAUGAAGCGAAAAGGUCGCCCAACAUGGCAACCUCUUGCUCAGGAUGAAGACGUCGAGUUGAGUUGA